GAAUGAGCCGGUUCCUCACUGACUCUGAGUGCGGGACACGAGAAACGGCUUUCCGUGCGUUUCGUUCGUUUUCUUAUUUAUAUCGUAGUGUAAUAUUUAUGGUGUUGGUCUUCUUUAUUUAUACCCGUUAGAGCUGUUUUUGUGAGCCGUUCGUGUGAAGGAUAAAGCCGAGUGCAUUUUUCAUUCAUUUUCUGGAUCUUUCUGAAUAAAGAGGAAGCGACCCACCGCCGAGACCGACGGAGGAAAGGAUUUUUACGAGCCAUUUUCAGAGAAUGAGCAGGACCCCUGGCAAACCAGAGAUGAGCCGUUUCAACAUUUCUCCCGAGGAAGACAGCAGCAGUUCCAACAGCAAUGAGUACCAGGUUUACCUUGAAAAGAAAGUCCCCCUGACCAGUCAGUAUACGGACGUGGAUGCUGAGAGCCAGAACUUCCUCCCUAAUUUUCUGGGACCUAAGAAGAAGUAUGAAGCAGAAUACCACCCUGGCACCGCCUCCUUUGGGAUGUCUGUCUUCAACCUGGGCAAUGCCAUCAUGGGCAGUGGAAUCCUUGGCCUGUCGUACGCCAUGGCCAACACUGGCAUCGCGCUGUUUGUCAUUCUGCUGGUAGCUGUGUCCAUAUUCUCCCUCUACUCUGUGCAUCUGCUCCUCAAGACUGCCAAUGAAGGAGGCUCUUUGGUCUAUGAGCAGUUGGGCUACAAGGCUUUUGGCUUACCAGGGAAGCUGGCAGCAUCCUGCUCUAUCACCAUGCAGAACUUCGGAGCCAUGUCCAGCUACCUCUACAUUGUGAAGUACGAGUUACCGAUUGUCAUCAAAGCAUUCGUCGAAAACAGUGAAGGGGAAUGGUACAGUAACGGAGACUACUUAGUGCUGCUUGUGUCUCUCAUCAUUAUUUUACCACUCUCGCUGCUAAAAAAUCUGGGCUACCUCGGCUACACAAGCGGAUUUUCGUUAUUGUGCAUGGUUUUCUUCCUAAUCGUGGUGAUCUACAAGACGUUUCAGAUCCCCUGCCCACUGCCCCUGGAUGCCAUCAAUAUGACAGUGAACAGCACAGUGGCACACAUUAACAGCACAAUCUGCACGCCCAAGUACUUUGUCUUCAAUUCACAGACGGUAUAUGCUGUUCCCAUUAUCACCUUUGCUUUUGUGUGCCACCCAGCCAUUCUGCCCAUGUAUGAGGAGCUCAGAGACCGCUCCCAUAAGAAGAUGCAGAACGUUGCCAACGUGUCAUUUUUCGCCAUGUUUGUCAUGUAUCUGCUGGCUGCCCUGUUUGGCUACUUGACCUUUAACGAUGCCGUUGAGUCUGAGCUCCUGCACACAUACUCCAAGGUGUACAGAUUCGAUGUAGUGCUGCUGAUUGUGCGUCUGGCCGUGCUGACUGCUGUCACUCUUACUGUCCCUGUGGUUCUCUUCCCUAUCCGUACUUCAGUGAACCACCUGUUGUGUGCCUCAAAAGAGUUCAGCUGGAUCCGCCACACUAUAAUCACUGCCGUUCUGCUGAGCUGUGUCAAUGUGCUCGUCAUCUUUGUCCCCAGCAUCAGGGACAUCUUUGGAUUCAUCGGUGCUUCUGCUGCUGCUAUGUUGAUCUUCAUCCUGCCUUCUGCCUUCUACAUCAAACUGGUGAAGAAGGAGUCCAUGAUGUCAGUCCAGAAGAUAGGGGCAGCCAUGUUCCUUGCCAGCGGUUUCAUCGUCAUGUUCGGUAGCAUGACACUGAUCAUCCUGGACUGGAUCCACAACGCUGCUGGUUCAAAGGACCAUGACAUUGGUCACUAAGCAGCGUGGCCCCAGCGCGAGUGACAGGCACGAAGGACACGUCUCCAGUGGCUCUGAGCCGCUGUCCAGCCCGUCACUUCUCUGAUCAC